AUGCUUGUAAAGGCGGAACCAGAGAGAGAAUCUAGCCCGGAGGAAUACUUUUGCUGUGUUAACCGAUGUCACGAAGUUUUGCCGAGCAGACAAGAUUUGGAGAAUCAUUGUGCCAACGAACAUAAAGAGCAGAUAACCAGUAAUAGCCUUUUAAGCAAAGUUCUAACCGGGUUUAGUUGUCCGUUGUGUAAGCGAAGUUUUUCAAAUCAGAGCAUGUUAGAAUCUCACAUUCGAACGCAAACGAAGCGAAACUACAUUUGUUGCAACUGCGGCAACAAAUAUGCAACCCGAGAGUCCCUAAUGAGUCAUGAAAAACGUCACGCUGUACGGUCCGUGACGUUCUCUUGCGAAAUAUGUGAUGCCAGGUUUCGUGAAAAACGGACUCUUAAUAUACACAUUCGUCGUGAUCAUGAGAAAAUCCUUCCGGAAGCAUGCCCGAGCUGUGAGAAACGUUUCGUUACCACAGGUGAAUUACGAAUGCACAUUAAGCUGAAGCAUCUUAAACACCCGUGGAAGUGUACAACUUGCCAGAGCGCAUUUGCUACCAAGCAAUUACUACAAAAGCACACGAAGACUCACACCGAUGAGAGACCAUUCGAAUGUAAGUAUUGUCCAAAAACUUACCGGCAUGCGCCAGACUUGAAGCGGCAUGAAAUGGUUAUUCAUCUCGGGGAAAAACCAUUCCGCUGCGAACUGUGCCCGGCAUCUUUCGUUCGCAAUCGUGACCUGCAAUUACACAUGACGGUGCACACGGGCAAAAAGUUUUACACGUGUUCAAUCUGUUCAUUUUCGACCAACAAUAGUAAAAAACUGUCCAUACAUUACCAGGAGGAACACCUGUGA